AGAAACGGAGACGACCUGGCCACGCGAGAAGGGGAGUCGGAAAGAACAUGGCAAUAUUCAAAACGGCGCAGCUAUUUCAAACUGAUAGCAACACGAGUCUGACAUCGAUUUGGGCAUGGAUCGCUCACACCUUUGCCAGUACCCCGUUGAGUGAGGUUGCACCGAGGCUGUGGACAAAAUGAGGGUCAUCUACAUCCAGAACGCCGGCUUCGUCGCUGCUUUCUCAGGAAGCAAUGACGGUUAAGGAUUUUUGCUUCGGUUUUGUGAUUUUUAGCGAUAGAUUGCAGGCUGCGCACCGCCCACUGUAACAAAGAAAUACGGGGAGGCCAUGGUCGAAUACGGCAAACGAAAGAGAAAACUGGCUAGUUUAUGCUGAAAUUAUUAGUCUAACGUGUUCUCAUAUUCUGUAACGUUUCUGUAUGUGCCAAACUACAGCCUACCAGAGCGCAAAUAACAUUAGGCUAGAAAACGAGAAACUGGACGCAGCAGCGUCCUUACUCGCAGCAUCUCGUUAGAAUCUGAUUUUAUAAUAAAUAGCUACAUUUAAAUAUGGCUUGUAACAUAUACGUUGUAUGCCAGUUUAUACGCAUAAUGGCCACAUUCAUUUUUUACCAUUAGUCAACAUUGUUCGUUUUUAGCCUUUUUUAGCCUAGUGAAUAGAAUUUUUAGAUAGCAUACCGUAGCCGGCUAUAGGUAGAUUGCAUUGACAGCUGAUUUAAAAAAAUGAGUAAAGCAAGAGAUCACUUGAUAGCGUGUCAUUAUUGACAAUCAUAAAGUUUAUAUGUUAACAUAAGUAAACGUUUCAGUGUAAUUUAUUUAUUAAUUAAUAUACUAUAAUAGGCCUAUUAGUACUAUAACAUAUUAUCAAUAUUUAAAAACUAGGUCGUUACAAACAUUUAACCAAGUGGGAGAAUUGUAACUGAUAUCCUCCCCUAAACAUGGAUAUUGCAUGUGCAUCGCCUCAAAGGCAAACCCAUUCAGAGGCUGAAGGUGUUCAGUCCUCAGCGGGGAAGCCUAGAGGUGAUCAGCCGAUCUCCCCUUCAUCGCCCACCGUCUCCUCAGUCGCGGAGGGCAUAGGUGAAGGCAAACGUAGUUCCGGCGUAAAGAAGCAUCACCACAAACACAAUCUGAAACAUCGCUACGAGCUACUGGAGACACUGGGAAGAGGGACGUAUGGCAAAGUCAAGAAGGCCAUCGAGAGACACUCUGGUAGAGAGGUUGCUAUUAAGUCGAUCAGGAAGGAAAAGAUCAAGGAUGAGCAGGAUAUGGUGCACAUCCGUCGAGAGAUAGAGAUCAUGUCCUCCCUCCGCCACCCCCACAUCAUUUCUAUAUAUGAAGUAUUUGAGAAUAAGGAUAAGAUUGUGAUCGUGAUGGAAUACGCCAGUAAGGGGGAGCUGUAUGACUACAUCAGCGAGCGUCGGCGUCUGACGGAGAGAGAGACACGACACUUCUUCAGACAGAUUGUCUCUGCUGUGCACUACUGCCACAAAAAUGGUGUGGUGCACAGAGAUCUGAAACUGGAAAAUGUGCUACUGGACGAGAACUGUAAUAUAAAGAUAGCUGAUUUUGGGCUGUCCAACCUGUACCAUAAAGACAAGCUCCUCCAGACUUUCUGUGGCAGUCCACUUUAUGCAUCUCCAGAGAUCGUUAAUGGAAGACCUUAUCGUGGUCCUGAGGUGGACAGCUGGGCCUUGGGAGUGCUGCUCUACACGCUGGUCUAUGGUACCAUGCCCUUCGACGGGGGAGACCACAAGAACCUCAUCCGCCAAAUCAGCAACGGCGAAUACAGAGAACCCACCCAGUCAUCAGAUGCCCGCGGCCUGAUUCGCUGGAUGCUGAUGGUGAACCCUGAACGACGGGCCACAGUGGAGGACAUCGCCAACCACUGGUGGGUGAACUGGGGCUGGAAGAGCAGUGUGUGUGACUGCGAGAGCCAACGAGAUGCUGGCUCCCCCAUGCUGGCUCGCCUCCUUGACUGGCAGAGUCGGACGGAACCGCGGGCGGGCAAAGGUGCCCGGCCAGAGCCCCUCCUGCUUAUUCGCCAGCGGCCCAAGAAGAGCAAGAAAGAGAAUGAUGGGGGCAUGCCACACUGUAAUGGUGAUGACAGCCUGGGCUUGAAGAGGCCGAAAGGGAUCCUGAAGACACGGCCAUCGGAAGAGCAGUAUUCACCAAGUCUGGAGGACAUUGAGCUGCUGCCUGCGAUGGGGGAAGCGGAGAGCCCAUCGGCAGCGGUGGCCACCCAAAAAGAAGGGGAGCCCACACUCUCAGGGGGCUCCCUGGCUAAGAUGGUGCCUGUUCUGCCUAAGAAGGGCAUCCUGAAGAAUAACCAGCAACGGGAAUCAGGGUACUACUCCUCCCCCGAGCGCAGUGAGUCCUCCGACCUGCUAGGUGGCAGCGUUGCACCCCUUGUCGCUGGCUCCCCACCAAAACGUGCCAUGGGCAGAAAGGGCAUCCUGAAGCGCAAUGGCAAGUACUCCACCUACAGUGCGAUGCCGUCUAUGGGGGUCCUGGGGGAGCCACCUCCCGGCGACUCGGGUCUGUCCCGCAGCCAAAGCCGUCCAUCCAGCAUUGUGGGUGAAGACAGCAGUGUUCUGGCAAACAGCUCCUUCAGUGGGGUGGACUGGCCGCCUGUCACCGCCCGGCCCAACAUCCGAGGCUGCGUGUCUGCUGAGAACCUGCUCCAGCUGGCUAACUUCAAAGGGCUCCGGGCUGCUCCACCCCUGCACGGGGGCAAGUUUGGGCGCGGGGUAAAGGGCUCGCCUGGGGACAACAGCAGUUUCUCUCUGCUGGGAGACCUGGAUGACAUGACUCAGGUGUACCAGCAAGCCCUGGACAUCAGCAGCAACCUGUCAUAGACAGAGAGAGGGGGGGCAGGCAGACAGAGAGAGGAAAAAGAGUGAGAGGGGAGUAUGCAUGGAUGUGUUGGAUUUGUGCAUCUCUGACGACCAGUGUGAUGCUGGGAUAAUCUGAAAGGGAGGCCGAAGUGAUUGGGGGUUAUACACUACCAAACACACUCACACCACACCACUGCUAAUGAUUGUUAGUGUUGUGGCUUGUGUUCACUCUGGUAUUCCGCCUGCCUUCAUCACUCAUAAAGACCAGUGCUGAGUUCAGAUGUUUACAUAUUAAAAAGGCGAAUCACACACAGACAUCAGGCAGUGGAAGGCUCCCAAACAAAGCAAAGAGCCAAGAUGAGUUUACAAAAGCACCUUAAAACUCACAUUGAGCACAUGUUGUGAUCUUUCCUUCCUGUAAAAAGAGAAAACCAGGGUCUUGCUCCAAAAGAACUGUCAGUGUCAUUUAUUUAUUAAUAUUUUGCAUAGAGUUAGUGAUACAGAACUGGUGUGGUCUGGCUGUACUGGAAGAGUAGAAAACUCAAUCUCUCCUUUAAAUCAAAUGGAACUGACAUAUAUAAUUAUUAUGCUGUUUGAUUAGUUAUUAGCAAUCAUUACAACUGCAUACACAAGACAUGAGGCCUCUUAUUUAUCAUGACAAAUUCUUGCAGGUCUUAUAUCUAGAAUCAUAUGUAUGGGAAUAUAUAUGAAGUGCCUUGUAAUUCAUAUGAAAUUAUGUAUGUCUUUUCCUUAAAGUGGAGAGAACUACCAUGUGGAGCCAUCACCAGAUGUGCUAUUCUGUUUUGUACUGAAUGUUGAAAGACCCAGGACCUCAGAGUGCAAAGCCUUUUCUAUAGGCAUAUGUGCCAGCUGCCUCAUCACCUGUUUGGUCUUUCUAAAGUUUCCCUCAGCCACUGAUGUUUGUUGAUAUAUAUAUUCUUUUUCAUAUUCAACUUAAUAAUGGUUGACAAUUAGAUGGCAGGUGCUGGUCCUACAACAAGAUGAAAGAGAUGCUCCUGACCCCCUCUGACCACUUUACCUCAUGACCUUGGUUCAUCCUGGUCUAGGGCUUGUCCUCAAAUUCAAACCUGCUGGCUCUUGUUCCCCUGCCUGAGUUUGUGCCUGCGUGCUUUCUUGAUUGAACUGAAUUGUUGUUUAAGUUCUCUAGACAACGUUAUCUUAGCAGGGCUUUUACGCAAAGUAGCAUUCAGACACACUCUCAGUUCACAGGAAUGUAACAGGCUAAAAUAGACUUUUGAUAAUUCCACUGUUUUUCUUGGAAAGCUGAAGUCCCCUCCUUGUUUAGCUCCAGUGCUGUAAAAUUGCUGAUUGACCAGUAUUUAGUCACCAACUCUCUAUAUGUCUCUGACCAUGAGGGUAUGUUUGGAGCACUUGCCUCUUGGAGGUUAAAACACAACUAAACAUAUUUGUUUCAAAACAGUGGUAAUCCAGCAAAUUCUAGAGAUUUUUUUGCUGUGGAUUGUUUGUCUUUGGUUCAGAUGUAAACAGACUUUGCUUUAAUUCAUUUGUAGUGAUUGGUAUUUGUAUGUUUUAGUGUUGAUGUUUUACUGAAGUCACAUAGAAUUUGUUGAAGAAGGUGUGUGUGUGGACAUAGGGCAGAUAGCGAGAUUUAGAGAUGCGUGUUAAUAGUGGUAUGUAGGAAUAAAAUACCCUGUGCCGUUUCCAAGAUGUGGGUUUUACAAAAGAUUUUUUGGAAAUGGAGGUGGCAGUGUUUUACUGAGGUGUACAUUAUGAAAGAUGAUUUGAAGGUUUGACAAAGUAGGUUAAGAUUUAGGAAGCAUGUGGAAUGUUUUAUGAUGUGAUGAAAGGAAAGAUUCUUGAGAAUGUGACCGUGUGCAUCGAGUUUGGUGGACUCUCCAUUUUGCUUAUCGCCCCCAGCAAAGCCAAAUCAUCAUCUAUGAUAUAGGUUACAAGAGGACAGCUACAAGAGAUUAAUGUCCACCGAAAUUGUAGUGAGUGCACAUGUUAAAUUAAUUUCCCAAACACCAAAACAAAAAACUGGCUGACAUCUGUGGGACAUAAGAAGGCAGUUUGUGCCACAGAGGUCCUGGGUACUAAGAUAAAAUGAGACACCCUUUGUGUAUCGUAAUGUAUUGCAUUUUUAUAUUGCAUCAUAUUGUCAACUGGAUUCACAGUGAAAAAAUUAUACUAUGUUAGUAUUUUGUUUUAAUACGCUUCAGUUUUUGAUUCUCCAAAAUAUUGAUUCUUUUUAUCAUUUUAUUUUUAAUUUUACGGCAGAAACGUGGAUGUGGUAAUCACUGAUCUGACUUGGACUAAACUGUUUGAGGCUUCUCAGAACACCAGUGCUGAUCUAAGACCAUCUCCUCAUUGUUCAUGUACAGUAAUUAAGUUUACUAUGACAGGAGAACAUUAGCCCUAGAUUAGGAUUCAUUAUCUGAUGGCCAGAUGCUCUGCUCCUACUGUUGUCUGAAGGGGAUAAGGUGUUCCCCUGAUAGUAGAGAGGUCUGGCAUUUAAUAGCCAGAUUGAGGUGCUCUGAGCUAACAAAAUUCUCACGUAGACAGCAGACCAGGUUCAACAGCUCUCACAAAGCACAGUAGUUGGGUUUCCACACCUGGUAUAGUCCAAAGAGCUUCAGAAAUAACUUAAAAUGGCCUCACCCCGCACUGAGAUUCAGCAGGGGUUUAUUGGUGUCUGCACUGCUGCAGAACUGCUGCAGAGCGGGACUCCAAAAGCUGAUCGCCAGGCUACAUGUUAACUGAAGAGCUGCAAACAUGCUUUCUGCCAAACUGGAAUUAACUGGUGCAUAUCUGUUAGUUAGCAGAAAGUCUACUUAUAGGAAAACUUGACUGGAUAUUGUUAUUGACAAUAAAAAAAGAUAGUAUUAUGUUAUUUAAGUAUUAUUUUUGUUACAAUCCAUUACUGUUGUUGGCUAAAGCCACAAUAAUCUUUUUUUUUUUUUUUUUUUUUUUUUUUUUACUAUUGAUUUGAAAACCUGGACUGCCAAGGUGGUUUGUUUCAGUGCCUUUGCUAUCUUUUAGAAUCAUGUUUAAUUUUUUUGAUAAUGAUUAUUAUAACAGUUGUUUUUAUACUCUAUUUAUUGGUAGUGAAGCCAUUUUGCUUGAUAUAAUGCCACUCCAUGCCUUGUCUAAGACUGCGUAAGAGCAUGUGUGUUUAGAUAUGAACAGAGUCAUGUUGACAUGGAAAGCCAGAGAGAGUGUGAGCGAGUGAGCACGGGCUGCAGUUGUGUUAUUGUGUUCUACAGGCUUUGGUUGAAAGUAAGAGGUGCUGCUGAUGCUUGUGUUUAGCUGGGAAGGCAGAAAGCCCAAAGUGGUCAGCAUCCCUUCAGGAUGGCAGAACCAAGCCACUGUAAAACCAGUUCAAUAAAUGGAUCAUUUCAAAGCA